AUGAGGACAUACAAGCGAAAAACUCAAAGGGGAACUACAUCUCAAGAUCUUUUACAAAGGGCUGCUGAUGCAGUCAUCAAGGAUGGACGUAAAUUAAAAACUGUUGCACGUGAAUUAGAAAUUUGUCACACAACACUACAAUGCUAUGUCAAAAAAAUAAAAAGUGGACUUGCUCCUGCGGUCGGAUACAAACCAAGACUAGUGUUUAAUGAGAAACAAGAGGCACUACUAUCGAAAACACCCGAAGCUACCAGUGCAGGACGCGCGAGCUCAUUCAACCGACAUAACGUGAAUCAAUUUUUCGAGAAACUUGGCGACUUGAUCACAAAGCAUAAUCUUACUCCUUCACGUAUCUGGAAUGUAGACGAGACUGGUGUCCAAACUGUGCUGAAACCAAAGAAAAUUUUGGCUGAAAAAGGAACAAAGCAAGUAGGAGCAAUCGUUUCAACAGAGCGUGGAACUUUAGUCACUGUUGAGCUAGCGGUAAGUGCUAUAGGAAACUCGAUUUCACCAAUGUUUGUAUUUCCACGUUUGAAAUAUAAAGACCUAUUUAUCCGCGACGGUCCUCCUGAGUGUAUUGGGGCUGGUAAUCAAUCCGGUUGGAUGACAAGCACAGAGUUCUUAGUGUUUAUAGAUCAUUUCAUAAAACACACUAAGCCUAGUCCUAACGAGCCAGUGCUAUUACUCCUAGACAAUCAUUCAUCUCACAUUGAUAUUGAUGUGAUUGAAAAAGCCAAGAGAAAUUCUGCUAUAUUAUUAUCGUUCCCACCACACUGCACCCACCGUCUGCAACCUCUGGAUGUUGGUGUCAAUGGCCCUUUUAAAACAUACUGCUCUAAAGCUAAAAAUAACUGGCUGAGAACUAAUCCCGGGAAGGUUAUGAGCGUUUAUGAAAUACCAGGUAUAGUAAAAUACGCUUUCCCGUUAGCAGCAACACCUAUGAAUAUAUGCAACGCAUUCAAAAAGACUGGCAUUUGGCCCUAUGAUUCAAACGUAUUUACAGACGAAGAUUACGCACCGUCUUUUGUCACUGAUCGCCCGAUGCCCGAAAAUCGUCCCUCACAAGGUACCGGCAACUUGCCUGUCCCUCCAAACAAUCGAGAAAAGACUCCUGAAUAUUUUGAUGAAUCAAAUUAUGUGGGCAGCAAUGUAGAGAUUGAGACUAGUCAAACAAUACUAAAACAUGUUCCUGGGCAAAAUGACUGCAGCGUUGACUGUACAAGUGAACCAUCAGGUAAUCAAGAACAAGAGACACGUCAGUGUUCUCAGGAGCCUAUCCCUUGCUGCAACUUCCAGCUUCCUCAAUCAGCUGAUAACAACACAGGAGACAAAAAUACAGCAAUUUCCUCACCAGAGCUAAUAAGACCACUGCCUAAAGCACCUCCCCGAUUAAUUGGACAUAAUAAAAGACGUAAAAGAAAGACAGCUGUUCUUACGGACACUCCAGAGAAAAAUGCUUUGGCCGAAGAACAGGCUACUAAAAAGACGAAGAAAGAAAGUAAAACUACAAAGAAGGUUAAGGGGAAGGGCAAGGGGAAAGGUAAACAAACAAAAAAACCGCCUAAGAAGCCCGCUAAGAGAAGAGUUUUGCAAGAUGAUGACAGUUCUGAUGAUGAACAAGAAUGGUACUGUAUCAUAUGUUGUGAUGCCUAUUCUAACUCUGCCCCUGGAGAAAAAUGGAUUGAAUGCAGAGAAUGUAAGAAUUGGGCUCAUUUGCAAUGCAUUGAAGAUAAAGAAAGCCUAGCAUUUGUAUGUCCUAAUUGCUAUUCUGAUCAGUCAUCCAAAGAAUAA